AUGACGGAGGAAGUGGACUACGAGAGCGACACGGCGAUGGCCGUCGAGGAGGAGGAGGAAGAGCAGCAGCAGCAGCAGCAGCAGCAGAAAGUCGCACAAGAGGACCGCACAGCGCUUGCGCAGCGUCGGGACACGAAGCGCGUGGUCAAAGGCCGUGGCUCGGGGUCUGCGGCCAUGGACGUCAGUCGCUACCCGGCGAAGAGCGGAGUCUUUGAGACGUUGCGCGCGCCGGCCAAAGGAUCACGGGACCAUUCGAAUGCGCUGCGAUCGGUCGAAGGGUAUCUUUUGUUUGUCACGGGCGUCCACGAAGAGGCCCAAGAAGACGACGUGACGGACGUGUUUGCCGAGCACGCGCAGGUGAAAGACAUCCACUUGAACCUCGACCGACGGUCGGGCUUUGUCAAGGGCUACGCGCUCGUCGAGUUUGCGCACUUUGACGACGCGAAAGCUGCGAUCGAGCGCCUUGACGGGCAUGACAUACUGGGCAGUGUCAUCCACGUGGACUGGGCGUUCCAGAAACAGGACGACAAGACGGAUGGACGACAACGACGACGAGGACGUGGACGUGCGAAGUGA